CUGUACACCGUUGUUCUGAGUGACGUGUAGAGAAACAUAAGCAAAAUUUGAAUCAAUUUCACAAUUUCUUCUCUUUCAUUCAAUCGCUAGUAUCCUUUAAUAAGGUUCCUGAGUUUAUUAGUGAAUUUUGAAGUUUCCAGACGCCAGACAUUCAGUCUAGUAUUUCUACCUACCCAAGCACUUACAGGAUAUCACCAUGGAUCAAAUCAACUUAAUCUUGGAACCAGGACAGAAAUUUGCCAAAGACUCCCUCAGAUUGGUGAAAAGAUGCACAAAGCCAGAUAGGAAAGAAUUCAAAAAGAUAGCCGUAGCUACUGCAAUAGGAUUCUGUAUCAUGGGCUUUAUCGGAUUUUUUGUCAAACUGAUACAUAUUCCCAUCAACAAUAUCAUAGUGGGUUCCUAGGCAAAUCUUUGAAGAGAGAAUGAAACUUAUUUAUAUUUAUUUGUUAAUUAUUAGUAUUCAUAAGAACAAUUAUUCCCUGAAUUUUUAUACGUGUAAGUACACCGGAGUCAAAUAUGUGAAAGAAUAUUUGGUAUCUGCACUAAGUCUUCUUUCAUAUUAUUCAAGUUUCUUUAAAGACAAAGUACAAAUUUUGUAAAAACUUCAUUAUGACUUCUAGAUACUCAACAAUGUAUGAAAUGCUAAUAAAUUUUGCUCAUCGUUCUUAUUUACAUUAUAUAAUGUGCCAGAAACAAGUCAAACUGAACAUGGGCACCUUCUGAAAAUUCUGUAGAUCCCCUAUUCUUCCCCAUAUUAUUCAACAAAAUUUGUCCAUAAGACCAUUACCAGAAAUUCAGAAACAGUCUUUCUUAGUCUUUGUCAGUGGAAGGGUGUCAGACAAAUUCCAAGGAGUGCCAACUGCAUGAAGUUGGGUUUUCGUAUCAAACAUGUUCGUCUUAAAAUUUCAAUUUACUCAUUUUUUCAGCAAUGCUGAUUUUCUAAACCAAAAGGAUACAAAAUAAAAAACACCUUUCAUUUAUUGUUAAAUAAUUCUCUUAUUUUCAAAAAUUAAUACUGGCAAAGCUUUAAAAAAACACACACUUUUUUGACUAUCAGUCAUUCACUUGACUACUGAAUGUAAAUACAGUAAUAUAAGAAAUAUCUUCGAAGAAAUAAAAGAAUUAUGUACUGUCAUUAA